AUGGCUGAGCAGCAGCGACUGAAAGAGCAGAAGCUCAAGGAGCUGGGAACGCGGUGGAGACGGAUGGAGCUGAAAGAGAGAAAGGUGCUCGAGGAAGCGGAGCAGGAGAAGCAGCGCAAGUCCAAAGUGGUCACUGCGGAGGCGAACUUGCAUCAGCAGAUCGAGCAGCACGUGGGUGUGAACCGUGAGCGCUACCAGGAGCUACUGGCAAAUCCGGACCCGGAUGUUGUCAAACCCAGGCAUUACUUGGAGCCAGCCACCUCAGAGCAAGAGGCGGCGGUGAAGGGUCUGCUGGAGGCAGCCGGCGCGGCCAAAGACAUCGCAUGCGCGUAUUGGGUGCACCACGAGGAGCUGCGAAUGCGCUACGAGCGCUCGAAGGCCGGCCUGCAGGCCGACAGCAGCCGCAUUUUGAAGAAGGAGUCGACCACUACCAACCACGUCCUGAAUCGCAAGGACUUGGCGUUUCUCGGUGACUUCGACAGAAGUGUCAAUGAGUUCUGCCUGUGGCAUGGCACCGGACGACUGGAAGGAGCUGCGGGUAUUUGUGCCAACGGCUUUGACAUCGCCUACGUGGGCUCCGCGGUGGGCACGGCCUGGGGCCACGGCUUCUACUUCGCCGACUCGGCAGCCACCUCCAUGAGCUACACUGGCGCGGGCAUCCGUGGCGGUGACGCGUGCAAUGGGAGCCCCGGCUUGCAGUAG